AAGCUUAAACGAACAAGACAGUCGCAGAAACGCGGACAUGUCGCCGCUUGAGCGCACUCGUUUCUGGGAAGGCCCUCAAUGUGAAUAGAUAAAUUAAGUGAAACCUUACUCUCUGACUCUACCCUGGUCAGGUUGUUAACUGGCUUAGCUAGAAUGGUAGACUAUUGCAAUGGUUCUUUUAUUAUUUUGGAGUCUUAAGCUGCUAUGAUAAGGCACGGCAGUUAGAAUGUUAGAUAGAUUUUUGUUUAAGCAAGCAGACCGUUCUUGCAGUGAUUCUUUUAUUAGUAGAGGAAGUCUGAAACUGCUAAUGAAGUUGGUAUCAUCAGCAUGUAGUGAUUUAAGUAAUUAAUCAACAGGAGAAGCUGGAACAACUAUUACAAUUAGCGUGUGUGUACUCUACAGACUAACCAGCAGCUGCAGGAAGGUAGCAGUUCGCAAGUCUUCGCAUCACCUACCUUCUUCUUCUUCGCGCGUUUACACGUGCAGAGCAGUGCACAACUGAUGUACAUACAAUUGAAAAUUUGAAAUGCACUGCAGAAUAAUCGAGAUGAAACAACUACCAGGGGACGGCGUCGAGCAGUGGAGGCCUCAGCCAGGUAGCGGCGUCAAGUCUAUAUAGACCCGGGACACCAUGGCUUCUUCCUGCAGCUGCUAAGCCUGCUGUAAAGUCACCAAUCACCAUGGCCACCUCCUCACCGAUGUUCUCGCUCUUCUUCCUCCUCCUCAUCAUCCUGGCAGCGUCGUCGUCUUCAACCACCACCGUUCUUGCAUCCAGCGGCGGCGAAGACGACGGCGGCGUGACGCACAUCCACCUCUACCUCCACGAGACGUUCAAGGGCGCCAACGCGACCGCGAUCACCGCGGUGGCGUCCCCGCGGGGCUCCAACUCGUCGUUCGGGUCCGUGGGCGUGCUCGACGACGAGCUGCGCGUCGGCCGGGACAGGUCGUCCGAGCUCGUCGGGCGGUAUCAGGGGAUCGUCGUCGGCACCGACGUCGAUGGGAGCGCCGACUACCUGACUUGCAUCACCUACGUGUUCACCGCCGGCGAGUACGAGGGGAGCACGCUGUCCAUGCAGGGCCCCGUCCUGGGGUUCAACGGAACCAUCGAGCGCCCCCUGGUGGGCGGCACCGGCAAGUUCAGGAUGGCCCGCGGCUACUCCCUGUUCAAGCUGCUGGGAAACCCGACUCCGGCGACGGUCCUCUUCGAGAUCGACCUGUUCGUGCUUAUGUACCGUGGCAAGUAGUGAAUGCUGGUGUGGUGCUAGGCUAGCUGCAGAAGUGCAGAGCUAGAGAAGUGUCCAGUUAAAGCAUACUCCUACCUCGUUAACUUCAUCGAAUUCUUCCAUCUACUUCGUUCACGCGGUUUGUUUGUGUACUGAAAAUAAAGAUGACUCAUGAUAAUAUAAUU